GGUUGACGAAACGGAGCGUCGAGGAACUCGAUUAAAUCUUUUCUAUUUUCAUGAACAUUCAACAACGUGGGAGAUUUAGACUUUUUGCUUGUCAGUCAUCCUCUCCAGUUCAUUUCUGCUGGAGAGAGUUAGACUGUAGAAAGGGAGACUGGAGUAUUUCUAUUCAAUUACGUUUCGCUAUAUCCCUUAACCCCACUCUCUAUAAAACCUUCUCCCGCUGCUACAAACGCCAACCAGUACAUCUUAACCAAUGGAGAGUGGGUUGAAGCCUAUGGAUGCAGAGCAGCUGAGAGAGAACGGUCAUAAGAUGGUUGAUUUCAUUGCUGAUUACUACAAGACUAUCGAGAAUUUCCCUGUUCUUAGCCAAGUUGAGCCAGGGUAUCUUCGUGACCUUAUACCAGAUUCUGCGCCAAAUAGUCCAGAGUCAUUCCAGCAACUUCUUGAUGAUGUCCGGACAAAGAUUUUACCCGGGGUAACCCACUGGCAAAGUCCAAAUUAUUUUGCAUAUUAUCCUUCUAAUAGUAGUGUUGCUGGAUUUUUGGGAGAAAUGCUAAGUGCUGGUCUCAACAUAGUGGGUUUCAGUUGGAUUACUUCUCCUGCUGCAACAGAGCUGGAAAUGAUAGUUCUUGAUUGGCUUGCUAAAUUACUUAAGCUACCUGAAGAUUUCCAUUCAACAGGAAAUGGUGGUGGAGUGAUACAAGGCACAGCAAGUGAAGCCAUCUUAGUUGUCUUAUUAGCUGCUCGUGAUAAGGUUCUAAAGAGAGUUGGAAAAAAUGCCCUUGAAAAGCUUGUGGUCUAUACAUCUGAUCAAACACAUUCUGCUUUUCAAAAGGCCUGCCAGAUAGGAGGAAUCCAUCCAGAGAAUUGCAGGGUGCUGAAAACAGACUCUUCUACAAAUUAUGCCCUUUCCCCGGAUUUAUUAAAAGAAGCAAUUUCUUGUGACGUUGCUGCUGGAUUAAUCCCAUUUUUCUUUUGUGCGACUGUUGGUACUACUUCCUCAACAGCCGUGGAUCCUUUGAUGGCUCUGGGAAAGAUUGCCACGAGUAAUGAAAUAUGGUUUCAUGUGGAUGCGGCCUAUGCUGGAAGUGCUUGUAUAUGUCCAGAAUAUCGUCCCUAUAUUGAUGGUGUUGAAGAAGCAGACUCGUUUAACAUGAAUGCCCAUAAAUGGUUUUUGACAAACUUUGAUUGUUCAGUGCUCUGGGUAAAGGAUAAAUAUUCUUUGAUUCAGUCCCUGUCCACAAAUCCAGAGUUUCUGAAAAACAAAGCCUCUCAAGCAGACAUGGUUGUGGACUAUAAAGAUUGGCAAAUUCCUCUUGGACGGCGAUUUAGAUCCUUGAAACUGUGGAUGGUGUUGCGACUAUAUGGAGUGGAAAAUCUAAAGAGCUACAUAAGGAAUCAUAUCAAGUUGGCUAAACAUUUUGAAGAGCUUGUCACUCAAGACCCCAGAUUUGAGGUUGUUACCCCUCGAAUAUUUUCUUUAGUUUGCUUUCGCCUUCUGCCUCCUGGCAAUGAUGAAAACCAUGGCAAUAAAUUGAACCAGGAUUUACUAGAGACUGUAAACUCAACCGGGAAACUUUUCAUAUCUCACACUGUUCUAUCAGGUAAAUACAUCCUGCGGUUUGCUGUAGGGGCACCACUGACUGAAGAGAGACAUGUGAAUGAGGCAUGGAAAAUUUUGCAGGAUGAAGCAUCAACGUUGCUAGAGAAUCCGUAAGAUAAUAUCUGUAGUGUUUUUCAUUCAUUUGGUUGUAUUACUUGGGUAAUGAAAUUUAUUCUUUUCCCUGUAUCAAUUCAUUACAUGAACUCCUGAAUUGUCAAUUACCAGAAGGCAUUGUAUGAACUUUUUAAAACUUCAGAACAUUAAUGAUAGAAUCUUAGCUGCUGCUUCUCUUGCUAAA